UGUUCUUCAUUUGUAACCAAAAAGAAAAAUGAAGCUAUCUACUUUCUCUUUACUCUACCUCACUUUCUCAUAUCUGUUAUUUCUCUUUAUUUUCUCUCAUGGUGUCAAUGCUGCUGACAUAACUGAAUCUACGUGCAACAAGGCGGCGAAAAGCAGUCCAAAUGUAAAAUACCAUUACUGCUUGAGUUCUUUUAAAGCGAAUCCUAAUAGCCGAAAUGCCAACAUACAACAACUUGGAAUUAUUUCAACAGAAUUAGCAAAAUCGAAGGCAAAUUCCAUAAGUUCUAGUAUCAAAAGUUUGUUGGAGAAGAAUAAGAAUCGAGCUGAUAACAAAUACUUGCAGGAUUGCUUGGAAAUGUACUCAAGUGCUGUUUCGGAUUUAGAAAAGGUUGUCGAAGCUUUUAUUGCUAGAGAUUAUUUCAAAGCUAAUAUCCGAAUGAGUGCAGCUAUAGACGCUUCGACUAAUUGCGAGGAUGGGUUUAAAGAGACAGGUUUGGUUUCUCCGUUGACGAAGAUGAACGAUAGUUAUUUUCAAACAACUGCAAUCGCUCUUGCCAUUACUAACAUGGCCUGA